GAUGGGAGGGAGGAUGUGCUCUUUUCUUCCCCUCUAAAGGCCGCCUCAGCAGUUUUCUUCCAGGCAAAAGGGGAAGGAAGGACACCAGCCAUCACCACCAGAGAACAGACGGGGAGACUUUAAAGUUUAAAUAGACAGGUCUGAGUGCCUGAAAUAGGCACUUGAGUUUUAACCUCUGAAGAACUGAAAAGCUGAAGUCCUUCUUUGCUGAACAGGAAGGAAGCAGGUAGAGAAGAUGGGUGACUGGAGUGCUCUUGGUAGGCUCCUUGACAAAGUCCAAGCCUAUUCUACUGCUGGAGGAAAAGUGUGGCUGUCUGUCCUUUUCAUUUUUCGAAUUUUGCUUCUGGGGACCGCAGUGGAAUCUGCCUGGGGAGAUGAACAGUCAGCUUUCCGAUGCAACACUCAACAACCAGGUUGUGAAAAUGUCUGUUAUGACAAAUCAUUUCCGAUAUCUCAUGUGCGUUUCUGGGUGCUGCAGUUCAUUUUUGUUUCGGUGCCAACCCUUUUGUAUUUAGCACAUGUCUUCUAUGUGAUGCGAAAAGAAGAGAAACUAAACCGGAAAGAGGAAGCACUCAAGGUGGUCCAAGGUGAGGGAGUAAAUGUAGACCUCCCUCUAAAGCAGAUAGAAAUUAAGAAAUUCAAGUAUGGGAUUGAAGAACAUGGCAAGGUCAAAAUGCGCGGUGGACUGCUUCGUACUUACAUCAUCAGCAUCCUUUUCAAAUCUUUCUUUGAGGUGGCCUUUGUGGUGAUACAGUGGUACAUCUAUGGAUUCACUCUGCAAGCCAUCUACACUUGUGAACGGGUACCAUGCCCACACAAAGUCGAUUGCUUCCUCUCUCGUCCCACAGAGAAAACCAUCUUUAUUAUCUUCAUGCUGGUAGUGUCUAUCGUAUCUCUGUCCCUCAACAUCAUUGAGAUUUUUUAUGUAACCCUCAAGAGCGUUAAAGAUCGCAUGAAGUCCAAAGGCAAUCCUUUCUCUCCUAACAGCGGCUUAAGUCCCUCCAAAGAUUGUGGAUCUCCCAAAUAUGCCUACUUCAACGGGUGCUCCUCUCCAACGGCCCCCUUGUCUCCCAUGUCUCCACCAGGAUACAAGCUUGUAACUGGAGAUAGGAACAAUACGUCAUCCUGUCGCAACUACAAUAAACAAGCCAGUGAACAAAACUGGGCAAACUAUAGUGCUGAGCAGAAUAGGAUUGGACAAGCCGGGAGCACCAUUUCCAACUCACACGCCCAGAACUUUGAAUUUAAUGAUGAGCCGGAGAGCACGAAAAAAUUGGUCUCUGGCCAUGAGCUCCAACCUCUCACAGUUGUAGACCAGCGGCCACCAAGUCGAGCCAGCAGUCGAGCCAGCAGCAGACCACGACCUGAUGAUUUAGAGAUCUAGCCCUUUGGAAUUGCAGUAGUCAGUGCGACUAUGAAAUACGAAUUGCAUUAGCACGUGGUGUUCCUGUGGUUCCCACAGAGGUGGUACUUUAACAAUCUCAG